CAAGACAGUGAACCACUUUCAAGAUGGCAGCGCCCAGUACAAAAGCAGUUUUGUUAUCUCUGGUUGACGAUGUAGAAAUUAUAACAAAGGAAUUAUUUGAAAGUAUUGCUUCAUCCAAACAACAAAAAGCAACAGGUCUAGGAGGAACAGAAGAUUAUCACCAACUGACAGAACUUCUUGUACAGAAAGAUCAGGAACUAAAGGAUGCACUCAACUUGGCUGGAGAACAGGCUGUAAUCCAAAAGAAGAUUGAUUCGCUGAAGGCAGAAUCUUUCAAGCGAGACCAGGACAUCCGAAAAUUACAGCAGCAACUGAAGGAGGCUGAGCAUGUACUGUCAACAGCAAUCUACCAAGCAAAGCAGAAGCUAAUUUCAAUACAAAAGGCUACAAAGAACCAGGUUCCCUCUGAAGAGCUUAUCAAGUAUGCUCAUCGAAUCAGUGCUUCAAAUGCUGUUGCAGCCCCUCUCACAUGGCAGCCCGGUGAUCCCAGACGACCUUACCCACAGGAUAUUGAGAUGAGACUUGGAUUUCUAGGUCGUCAAAGCGACCUGCCCAUUAAUGGGCAAAUGUUGCAGGCUCAGUCACAAGCUUCUCAAGGCAGUUCAUUGUCUUGGCAACCACCCCCAGAAAUUGCGCCAAUGGUGUCCCAGGUCGCAAUAAACCAGAGUGCAAUGUCUGUCGACUCCAAGGGGCACAACAAAGAAAAUGAAGGGGACGAGGUAGAAGUCAUGUCAACCGACAGCUCUAGCAGUAGCUCAAGUGAAUCUGGUUGAGGGUUUACAUUCCCAGGGUGCGAAAUUAACGGGAUUCUGGAGUCAAAUACUCCCCGAUUUACUGACGGACUCCCUGAUUUGACAUAUGCAGGAGUCCGUGUGACUCCCUGAAAAUUCUGCCAUGCUAACUACUUCGUUCCGGAGCAUGGACUCGCGGAAUUACCGUAUUUUUUCAGCUAAUGUCCAAAGAAAAUUUGGCGGACGUGCAACCGCAUGCAUCUUAAAAAUAAGCACAUGCGUUAUUGUUAAUAUCUUUAAUUUUGAACCUCAGACUGCAGACUCACUCAUUUUGCUGCGGACUCCCUCUUUUUGAGGGUAGGGAGUCCGUUGGACUCCCGUGUUCAAAAGUUAAUUUCUACCCCUGCAUUUCGUACCACCAUGUCUUUAAAUAUCACAGCUCUUGUAACAAUCUCAAUCUAUUGUGUAAAUAUAGUCGUUAGUAUUGUGUCUCAAUGUCGUGAAAUACUCGAUGUCAUGAAAACAAAGUACAAUCCUGGUAACAUAUGUAGACACGACCCUUUACUCCAAAUAAUUAUGAUCUGUGUGUGUGUAGCAUAAACAUUAGUUUUGUACAAAA